GACGCCAUCCCCGCGCCAUUCUCACAUUACUUAUGAUUACUGACUGGGUCACUAUUGGCGUGUAUGGCUUCUAUUACUCUCACUCUGAUUAGAUUAGAUUGCCUUGACUCACCAAGUCCAGGAUGCGCUGCAAAGCACCCGGCGCAACAAUUCCUGUUCCCCGACCGCCAUGAGCUUCUACCUGCUCGACUACGGCGCAGGUAACGUCCAAAGCCUCGCCAACACCCUCACCAAACUCGGCUACGAGUUCAAGUGGAUUGCCUCGCCGGACGACUUUGACAAGGCGACGAGCCUCAUUUUCCCUGGUGUUGGCGCGUUCGGCAGCGCCAUAGACGGCCUCAACUCGCGAGGCUAUCUCGAGCCCCUACGUAAAUACAUUGCGUCCGGACGACCGUACUUCGGAAUAUGCAUCGGACUGCAGGUCCUAUUCCAGGCCUCUGCAGAGUCACCGUCCCACACCGGACUCGGCAUUGUACCCUCUAGAAUAGAAGAGUUCUCUAGCGCGGACAAGUCGGUCCCGCACAUGGGAUGGAACUCAGUCGAGUUCUUAGAUCCUGAGCACAAGGCAAACGAGGGCCUGGACGAAUCUUUGCACUACUAUUACGUGCACUCAUACCGCGCCAAGUAUGACUGGACCCACCCCGAGUCUGCACAGUGGGUGCACAGCACGACGCAAUACGGGCAGGAAGUCUUCGUCGCGUCGGUAUGCAAAAAUAACGUCUUCGCCACCCAAUUCCACCCCGAGAAAUCCGGCCCAGCAGGCCUUAAGCUCCUCGCGGGCUGGCUCAGCCAGCCCCAGUCGGGCCGCACCUCCGUCCCUCCUACACAGCCCAUCCCCCGCGCACCAAAGUCGAAAGGUGGACUUACGAAGCGCAUCGUAGCAUGUAUGGACGUCCGCUCGAACGAUGAUGGCGAUCUCGUCGUGACAAAAGGCGACCAAUACGAUGUCCGCGAGAAGGCCCCGUCGACCUCCGACGGCACAAUUACUGGCGGUCUCGCAACGCGCACCGCCGGCGCCGUCCGCAACCUCGGCAAGCCCGUCGCACUCGCCGCGCGAUACUUCGCCGCCGGUGCGGACGAGCUCUGCCUCAUGAAUAUUACCUCCUUCCGUCACUCACCCCUCCUCGACCAGCCAAUGCUCGCCAUUGUGCGCGCGGCGGCAGAAGAGGUCUUUGUACCGCUGACGAUCGGCGGUGGGAUCAAGGAUACGGUCGACCCGGAUGGCACACCGCAUUCCGCGCUUGAGGUUGCUGGUACGUACUUCCGGGCGGGCGCGGACAAGGUCAGCGUCGCGACGGAGGCGGUGUUCGCGGUCGAGCGUAUGCGCGAGCGCGCGAAGGAUGGAGGCAUCGGCGAAGGCGAUGGCACGAGCGCCAUCGAGACCAUUGCCCAUGCGUAUGGACGCCAGGCCGUCGUCGUGUCGAUUGAUCCGCGGAGAGUGUACGUGGAGCCGGACUACGUUGGACCGUACAAGAACGAGCUCGUCUUCGGAAAGCCUGACGGCGCGGAGAAGGAGCGCGGAAAGGCAUGGUGGUACCAGUGCACAGUGAAGGGCGGACGAGAGAACCGCCCACUCUCUGUGGUACAACUCGCUGAGGGCGUGGAGAAGCUCGGCGCUGGAGAGAUCAUCCUCAACAGCAUCGACCGCGACGGCACUGGCCUCGGCUUCGACAUCGACCUGGUGAAAUUGGUGAGGAAGAGCGUCCGAAUACCCGUCGUAGCAAGCAGCGGUGCGGGGAAGCCGGAGCACUUCGUCGAGGUGUUCGAGAAGACCGGCGUGGAGGCCGCAUUGGCGGCUGGCAUAUUCCACCGCGAGGAGGUCAGGAUACAGGACGUCAAAGAGACGUUGGCUACAGCCAAUAUCACUGUCAGGACUUAGAGGGCUCUCAUAUCUUAACGCUUAUUUAUGUAGAUCUCGCGAGAUGUAGCAGCUGGG